AUGAGCGGCCCCGUCGCCACCCUUCGAGGCCCCUCGCGGCCCCUUUCCGGCCUCGUCGCCGCCCCUAGCGGCCCCGUCGCCGCCCCUAGCGGCCCGGUCGCCGCCCCUAUCGGCCCCGUUGCCGCCCUUCGCGGCCCCGUCGCCGCCCCUAGCGGCCCCGUCGCCGCCCUUUGUGGCCCCGUCGCCACCUCUAGCGGCCCUGUCGCCGCCCUUCGCGGCCCCGUCGCCGCCUCUAGCGGCCCCGUCGCCGCCCUUCACGGCCCCUCGCGGCCUCUUCUCGGCCCCGUCGCCGCACUUCGUAGCCCCGUCGCCACCCUUCGCGGCCCCUCCUCGGCUCUUCCGCCACCAGCAGCAGCCGCCGCCACCAGCAGCAGCCGACAGCAGCAGAAGCCGCCGACACCAGCGGCGGCCACCACCAGUAGCAGCCGUCGCCGCCGACAGCAGGAACUCACGCCGCGGUCGCGGCUCUGUCCCUGCCGACGCGCCUCGGCCCUGCCCCACCGCUUGCCGCCCCCUACCUACCAGUCCUGA